AUUCUCUUAUUAUAUUAAAUAACAACGCAUAAAAAACAGCUGAGCGGAAAAGAUAACCUACACUUUACUUGUAAACUGCUGCGAAAUUUUAAGAAUUGUCAUUUCUGCUAUCGGCUAUUACACCUGAUUCGAAACGAUGUCAAACGACGACUCACAAUUGGAUGAAUGUAAAGGUAUAUAGACAAACUAAAUGUACAUAUGGUAUUUUUCUAUCCAUCACUGAAUUGCUAAAUCGUAACGUAUCAAACAUUAGAUCCAAAACCAAUAAAUUCUAGUAUGCAACACUCAUUAGCAAUCGAGCGAUAUUCGUUAAUCGAUCGAAGGCUUGAAAGCUAAAAAAAAAUUAUACUAGGGAGGUGAUUGGCCUCCUCGUUACUUUCAUUGAAACGUUACCAUGGAGACCGUUUCGAUCUGUACCUGCGAAAAAGACCUAUGUAUAUAAGGCGUCCUUUCAGUGAGAUGUAUAGUACUCUAGAGGGAAUACGAAGCGCCUGAUUUAACUCUUCGUAUGUUUUAUUUUUACUAGGCCGAUGUUUUAUUACAUCUGUCAGUGCGUAUAUAAAAACAUUUAUUAGCGGUGGCUUUCUGCCAGCAAUGAAUGAAGAAGAGAUUUUUCAACUAAACAAUAUUUCUACAGAUGCAGCAUCGCCUUUAAGUACAUCAGCGAAGUUCGUUCCUACGCAUAAGGAUGAAGACAAUGCGCCCUACGAAGUUCCCUUAUAUCCUAUUGAAGCUCAUCAAAACAAACAGCAUAUGGAGAGCAAAUUGCAAGCACGGCAAAAGCAACCAUCAACUGAUGAUUCUUUCGAAACUCAAGUCGCAGAAGCUCAAGCUCCUCAAGCUACUCCGAAAGAAAAACCCAAACUAUGUCGUCUAGUUAGUGAAAAUUUGGUAGAUGAACUUCGUUUAGCAGCACAUGAGGAGGAAGCUCUUCCCCAAUAUCAAAAGCUAACAAUUUCCGGCGAAGAAACGAGUGGUGUACCUUUAGAAGAUUUACAGGAGGCUUCUCGCUCUAUAAUAAAAGCCUUGUCGAUACGUGAGAAGUAUAUGGCUGUUGCCAUGCAGAGUUUUCCCAAGACAACUGCCAAAUUCCUUAAAACCUUUAAUGACAAGACUUAUGAUUUUAGCGAUAUUGCCAGCGUUGUUGAACGGGAGGAAGAUCAUACUAACGAAGAAGUUAGGGACAGUACGGCUAAUAAUAUGUUCUCUGAGUGCGAUGAGCAGGUUUGGAAUGGAUGUAUAGAUCUAGUAGGAGACGAGGAAGAUACAAACCGUGAAAAUCCCUAUAACAUCGGAGGAGAAGUACCUGAAAAUUUGCCGUGUGCAUUUCAGAUGAAAAAUGGUAUAAUGCAUAUUUAUGAGUGUAAAGAAAAAUUAGAGAAAAAUGAACCAUUGGAAUGGCCCUAUCCAGAUGUUAAAUCUUUUGUAGCUGAUCAAAACAUCUUAUAUGCGUUGAUGGUUGAUGGACCCCUAAAAUCAUUUUGCUUUAGGCGUCUUUCAUACCUGCAAUCCAAAUUCCAGCUUCAUUGUCUUCUUAAUGAAAUUAGAGAAUCGGCUAGUCAAAAGCAGGUUCCACACAGAGAUUUCUACAAUGUGAGAAAGGUCGAUACACACGUGCACGCUGCCUCUUGUAUGAAUCAAAAGCAUCUGCUGCGCUUUAUAAAAAAAACGAUGAGAACGGAGGCCAAAGAAAAGGUAUGCAAAGAGUCAAGGUCCAAUCCAAAGUUACUUACACUGGAGGAAGUAUUCGAGAAAUUAGGUGUUACAGCUUAUGAUUUAAGCGUUGAUUUGUUAGAUGUACAUGCAGAUCGGAAUACUUUUCAUCGAUUUGAUAAGUUUAAUGCUAAAUAUAAUCCAAUUGGAGAAAGUAGAUUGAGAGAGAUAUUUAUCAAAACUGAUAAUGAAAUUGAAGGCAGAUAUUUUGCCCACAUCAUAAGAGAAGUCAUGUCAGAUUUGGAGGAAUCCAAAUAUCAGAAAGCAGAAUUACGAUUAUCAAUUUAUGGAAGACGGCGGAGCGAAUGGGAAGAGUUGGCUAAAUGGGCGGUCUCUCAUUCCGUUUAUUCGCCUAACGUUAGAUGGAUUAUUCAACUUCCUCGUUUAUAUGACGUUUUCAAAUCUAACAAAUUGGUUUCAAGCUUCCAAGAACUGCUGGACAAUAUAUUUGUGCCAAUGUUCGAGGCUACCUGUUGCCCUCAAAAAUAUCCUGAGUUACAUGCUUUCCUAUUUCAUAUAACCGGAUUUGAUUCCGUAGAUGAUGAAAGUAAAGCUGAGAAAGUUCACUUUGAUAAUAGUACUGUUCCACCUGCCGAGUGGACUUUUAAUGAUAACCCUCCAUACACCUAUUAUCUCUUCUAUACGUAUGCAAAUAUGUCAGUAUUGAACAUGUUAAGAAGAGAGAGGGGUAUGAAUGUAUUUGUUUUACGUCCGCAUUGUGGGGAAGCUGGUCCUGUUCAUCACUUGAUUACAGCUUAUAUGCUUGCUGAGAAUAUUAGUCAUGGUUUAUUACUAAGAAAGGCCCCUGUCCUGCAGUACUUAUAUUACUUAUGUCAAAUCGGAAUAGCCAUGUCACCAUUAUCUAAUAAUUCCCUCUUUCUGAAUUACCCAAGAAAUCCUUUGCCUGAUUAUCAUUCUAAAGGUCUGCAAGUAUCGCUCUCUACUGACGAUCCACUCCAAUUCCAUUUCACCAAAGAACCGCUUAUGGAAGAAUAUUCGAUAGCUGCACAAGUUUGGAAAUUGACUAGCACAGAUAUGUGCGAAUUAGCUAGAAAUUCGGUAGUAAUGAGUGGCUUUCCUCAUAGACUGAAACAGCAUUGGAUUGGUCCAAAUUACGCUAAGCCAGGAGUUGCUGGAAAUGACAUAGCUAGAACAAACGUCCCAGACAUUCGUGUUUCAUACAGAUAUGAAACCUUUCUUGAUGAGCUUAUGACGAUAUUCAAAAGCAUUGAAAAGCAAGAUUAA